AAAUUCCACAUCCUUAUUAAAUGUCAUCUUUAUUUCAUUUCAGUCAACGCGUUUCAAUUAUUGGCUCGCAAUACAUUCCGGAAGAUUCAAAUUAUAAAGUUCUCCUAUUGACAAAUAACUUAGAUGAAGCGGCUUUUGUGAAUGUGUCUUUAUUGAGUGAUGGAAUCGAAUCACCACAGCAUCUUAGGAACUUUAAAGAUGGUUCAUACAGUGAAGUUAAUUUUAAGGUUCCCCAGCAAACCACAAACAACUAUGAACUAAAAGUCACAACAUUUGAAAAAGAUGAAUGCAGCCUGCAGUCAAUAAAGCUUAUCAAGCCACAUGAAAAUCCAAAAAUAUUCAUUCAAUUAAACAAACCAAUUUACAAAACAGGAGAUGACUUUAAGUUUAGAAUAUUUGUGCUGAAUAAAGGCAUGAUUCCGUUAUCAUCUCAUGGACAAAUUGAUGUCACAAUUCAUGAUGCUAAGGACAAUGUUGUACUUAAUUUAGACAACAUUAAAGCUGAAAAUGGAGUUUUUGAAGGAUUGCUGAAGAUCGCAGAUGCACCAAAUUUGGGAAGAUGGAAAAUUGUGACCAAAGUCAUGGGCAGAGAAGUUUUAAAAUAUUUCAAUGUUGGAAAGUCAGUUGAGGAAGGAUUGGAAGUCCAGUUAGAGAUGCCAUUAGUCGUGUCAUUUCUAGACAACAGAAUGUACAUAACAGUCAUCGUCAGUGAUAAAACAAACAAAUUUUUCAUCGGAACCGCUAGUGUGUCAGCAAGUGCUAAGUUCAAAGGGUCUGAAAAGAUUGAAAUUAAUCAUCAUGUUAAGGAUGUUGACAUUUUUGGAAACAAGAAAGGAUUUGCCAUCGAUUUUGCUGAAGAUUUAGGGCUAAGAUUCCCAACAGCUGACAUGUUGCUGAAGUUUGACAUAACAUUGACAGAUGCAGCAACAAAAAGAUCCACAAAAGUGUCCAAAGAAGUUGAGAUGAAGUUUAAAAUUAAAAAUGUCAUCCAAGUCGUUCGGAAAAAAUAUUUCAAACCUGGCUUUACAUUUUCAACAAAAGUUCGAGUCAAGUUGCUUGAAGGACGUCUUGACAACUCAUUCAACCAGCUUUCAGUCACUAAUGAGUAUCACAACAGGAAUAAAAAAACAAAUAAGAUCCAAAUACUCACAAAAUCCUUUGCAGUUAAUUUAAAAAAUGGCGAAGCUAGUAACAUCCUUCAAACUAAGCCUGAAACUGAACGGAUUGUUGUUAAAUUGGCAUUUGCUGGUGCUGAACUAGAAGAACAGCUUGAGCCAUUGCCAACUUACGAAGCUAAUGAAUACAUGCAACUUCAUUUUGCUAGAAAAAGCUCAAAGAUUGGCAAUCAAGUCCUCAUAUCAGCAAAUACAACAGGAGAAUUGGAAACAUUGCAUGUCCUAGUGAUUGGACAAGAAGGCAUCAUUCAGAGCCAAGAGUUUCCCGAUGCAGUUGGAAUGGAUGUUUACAAAUUUCCCAUAAAAUUGACUGAAAGCAUGAAGCCAGAAGCACGUGUAUUUGCCUUUUAUGUAAAACCUGAAAGCGGUGUGAUUAUUUAUGAUGAAUUGCAGCUUAGUCUUGGAUUUUCAAUUGAGAACGCGAUCGACAUUUUUGCUGUCGAAAACACAAAGCCAAACAAGGAAGCAACAAUUAAAUUCAAAACUGUACAAGGAUCAAAAGUCUACCUUUCAGCUUCCGAUAUCAAUCCAUUGUCAAUCAAUCGCGACAAUGAAAUAUCCAGAAAUGACAUUUACAAUGAGCUAGUUUAUUACUUAAAUUUAAAGUAUCCAAAUUCCUCAGAGUAUCAUUUUGAGAAGUUAAAUGCUUUUGUAUUGAAUCCUUUGCUAUCUGGAGAGUCAUGUGAGGAUGGAACAUCUAAAGUGCUCAGCUAUGAAUCAAAUGAUAUUAAAGAAUCUUCAUCAAGCAUUAACGAUGUCAAGUACUUCCCAGAUGUUUGGUUUGAUGAGUCUUAUGAUGCUGUUAGUGAUGACGAACAUGAAAUAAGCCAUAAAGUUCCAGAAGCUCUAACAACAUUCCGAUACUUUGGGAUUUCUGUGCAUCCAAAGAAAGGUUUGACAGUUGCAAAGGUUGUGCCAAAGACAACUGUCAAAAGUGAAAUUUCCAUUCAGCUUAAAUCACCAACGUCAGUAAAUAAUGACGAGAUUCUAUGGAUUGAUGUGGCUGUAUAUAACACUCUGUUUGAGGCUAUAACUUCUGAUUUCUCAGUUACACUUGAAAAUGGAUUCUUUGUUGACAAAAGUCCACGAAUAGAGCACAAUAUUAAAUGUCUAGACUUCCAGCCAUCAAAUCUAAGGAGCGUCGAUAUUUCAUUAAAUAUUGGAGAUCAAAAGUUAUCAGCAACUAAGACAUUGUUGAUUCAACCUGAUGGCAAUGGUGACAUUAAAAUAACAGUUAAAGCAACAACUGGAACUUACAAUGACGAAGUUACAAAAGUUAUUAAAUUGAAGAAUAAAGCUAGUCCAAGUGAUUUCGAAAGUGAAGUUAUCUCUGAGGAUAUUAAGGUUGAAGUUGAUUCUGAGCUUUCAUAUAAAAACAUUCUUUUGUCUGCUGUUGAUGAUUUGGAUAGUUUUUUCAAUAAUCCGAUAUCUUCAGAUGAAGAAAGGCUCUUGGCAUUCUCAACAGCAAUCACAAGCCAUAAAUAUCAACAAUUAAGUAAAAGUGGUACCCAAAAAUCAGUAAAUAAUCUUCUAGCAGGAUACCAAGAAGCUCUAUCGAUCCUUGACAAAAUUCUCGAAACCAAAGAACCAAAAUCCGUCAUGUUAGCAGCCUUAACAGCAGAAACAAUAAUUGAAGCUCGACAGUUCAUCAAUAUUGAUCAAAACUUAAUAACAAAAGCAUUGGACUUCAUAAAAUCACAGCAACAAGAUGACGGUUCAUUUUAUUAUGACUCAAAGUUCGACUAUCGUGAAGAAAUGGGCGGCAACCGAAAGGACAUUCAGACAGCUUACAUUGCUUCUAUAUUCCUGAAAAAUGAAGAUAGGUUAGAAUUCCAGAAUGAAGUCACAAAAGCAUUGAAAUAUUUAAAAUACACCAGCAUGGCAAGUGAUUAUCAAAAAGUUAUCACUGCUUAUGCAUUUGCACUUAACCAAGACAUGAUAAAUGCUGGAAAUUUGCUCAAGGAUUUGACAAGGAUUGCACGUGAUGAAGCAGCUGACAUUGAGAUUGCAGCUUAUAAGAUCUUGACUCAAAUCCUCCUGAACCGGGAUCCGCAAGGUGAUGUCAAAUGGCUAACCAAGCAGCUAAGCACAUCAAAUGGCUUCUAUUCACCAUACGAUGCAGAUUUAGUCCUUCGUGCUUUCUUUGAAUACGCAAAGUUUAAAAAUGCUCAGCCAGACUUAAGUUUAGUUGCUACUAAUAGUAUUAAACCAUUUGGACAAGAAAGUGAUGCUCGAAAACCAGCAAACACAUCAGACUACUUCCUAAUUACUGCAAAUAGAGUAGAAAUUAGUGACAAAGAGUUCAAAAUUGAGCUUGAUGUUAAAGUCAAAGGAAGUCAAAGUGUGAAAAACUUGAUAGUCCUUGAAAUUGAACUUCCGAGAGGAUUUAGGUAUCUUGGUCAUGAUUCUAGUGAGAAUGUCUUGAGUUUCGAGACCUUAACCAACAGCAAUUCAGUGGCAUUCAGAAUCAACAAGCUUAAAAAGGACCAAAACCUCAAAAUAUCAAUCAGCGCAUUGAAAAUCUUUGAAAUCAGCAAUCAUCAAUAUUCAAUGAUCAAAGUUUAUGAUUACUACAGAUCAAACAUCAAAGAUACAUUCUACUACGUUUAUGACAAGAACGAAGAGUCCUGCGAGAGAAUCAGAGUUGAAAGAGAAAUCGAGAAAGCUGAAAAUGUCCUCCUUAACGUUCAACUUGCUGUAAAUAUUACAUCAGAAGCACAAAUGUCGAUUAAAGGAGCAGAUGACCAUAUAAAGCAUGCACAAACGACCGCAAAUAUUGCAAGAAAUAAUGUCAAUUCUGCAAAUACAACGAUUAACGAUGCACAAAGAAAUUUAUUAAAUGCACUCGAGACAGCCAUGGAAUCAUACAGAAUAGCUUCAAAUGCAAAGGAUCGAGAAAAUUCAAAAAUAAUUAAUAUAUCUGUUCUGCAAGUUCGGUCAAUAAAUGCUCCAAAACGUCCUCGACGAGAUAUUUACGAAUUGGAAAGUGAAGCAAUAAGAGCACAAAUUAAGGCACAACAAGCUAAGCAGGCAGCUAAUAAAGCAAACGAAGAGUCAACUUUUGCAAAAGACGAAUUGAAGAAUUUGACAUUAAAUUUAAAUAAAGCCAAACAAGAUGUCAAAGAUGCCAAACUUGAAGCUUCAAAGGCACUUUCUGAUGUCGAAGCUGCUCAGAAUGAUGCAAAGUCAAUGCAAGAAAGUAUUUUAAAAGCUCAAGGAACAGCAAAUCAGACGGAAAGUAGGGUCUACAAAGCUGGUCAAAAAGUUAGCGAAUCAGAAGAUAAAAUCAAGUCAACAAGAAGUAAAAUUGAGCAAAUCAAGUUAAACUUUACAAAAACUCAAAAAAAUGUCAAUGCAGCUAUAUCUUUAGCUAAUCAUGUGCUUGACAAAGCUAGAAAAGCAUUAAAAGGAGUUGAUGUAAAAGCAGAAGUUGACAAAGCCGCUAUUGAUGUACAGGAUGUUCUGACAGAAUCAGAAGAGAUUCUUAAGGCUGCUAAAUCAGCAAAAUCAGAAGCUGUAGAAGAUUUCAACAGCAUUAAAAUAGGUAAAAAGAUCAGCGAAGAUACUAAAACGGAAUGUGAAGUUGUAAGAAUUAAUGCAGCGUCAAUUCAGCAUCAAGCUUUCCAAUUGCAUGCCGAAUCUCAACAAAAAAGUGAAAAGUAUAAAAAAUCACAAGAAACAGAAGCUGAAAUGACUAGAAUUGCCAAAGAAGCUCAAACUACAUUCGAGAAUCUUAAUAAAAAAGCUAUAAAUGCUAAAGAUGACUUUAAUAAAGCACAUGAAGCAGCAAUGACAGCACAGGAUGAAGCUGAUAAUGCAAGACAACAAGAAGCUAACAAAGCAGAUAAUAAUGCAAAUCUUGCAGCAGAACAAAUGUCAAUUCUUGCAGAAAUUGCAGCAAACAUAUCAAGUUUGGCAGAAGAUGCUAUAAAAAUAGGCAAAGAAACUGAGAAGCUCAGGAUUGAGGCUAAAGAGACUGAAGAAUCUGUGGAACAAGGACUAAGAUCUAGGGAAGAAAUUGGAGAGUCUAAAGCAAGAAGAGAGAAGGAGGAACGACAGAAAUUGACAAUUUUGAAUGAACAACUUGAAAAAGCUCAAAAUUUGACAUCCAAAGCACAAUUUUCAAAUAAUCAAGCACAAAAGAGUCUGCAAAAUGCACAAGCAGCAGCUGAAAAAGCAAAGAACGCAACCGACGCAGUAGAAACAACAAAAGAGUCGAGAAAAGUCAUAGAAGCACUAAAAAAUCUUAAAGAUUACACAACUAGUGCCAAAGCUAUAAAAUCAGAAAUUGAAAAGAUUCACGAAACUUUAAAUCAAUCCAAACUGUUAGCUGAAGUAACGAAAGACACAGCUUUGGUAGCCAAACAAACUUACACUGAAGCACUUGAAGUUAAUAAAGUUCUGAAAGAUGUAAUCAAAAUAGGAAGCUCAACAUCUGAGGAUAUAAAAUCAUUGAGUGUUGAAAUAAAUAAGUCAAAAAUUGAUCAAAGUUUAGACAAUCUUGCAGAUUCUAUCAAAAAAACUAAUUCAGAAGUCUCAAAUGUAAAGAAUAAUACGACUAAGCAGGCCAGAGAUGCACUGUCAACUGCUAAGAAAGCAAGAAUAUCUACAAAUUACAGUACAGCAGCAUCAGCAAAGUUAGAAGUUGAAAAACACAAAGAAAACAUUCAAAUCUUGAAAAUAGAAUCAGAACAGCUGAAAGUAAAAGCUGAAGAAAAUCAAGGAAUAGUCAAUCAAGCUAGGAAAGCUGUUGAACUUGCAACUGAAGCUAAGGAACAUUCAAUUGAUGCAUCAGAAGCUGUAAAAUCUAUUGAAAAUAUUCAAAUUAAAAUCGACAGUUUGGUUGGUCCAAUUUCAGCUAACAUCCAGCAGGUUAACCAAAAUGUUCAAUAUCAGAUUGUCGACCAAGACUCUCCCGUGAAUGAUUUCAAGUCUUUACUUGAGAACUUGAUAUUGACACUUGAUGCUUCAAAGAAUGAUCAAAACUUAGCAUCUCUAGCAUUACAAGCUGCUCAAAAUUCAGAUUUAGCUAUCAACCAAGCUAUUGAAGCUGCAAAAGCAACAAUCAAGGCUGAAUCAUUACAGAUGGCAACUACAUUAGCUAGCCAAGCUGAAAACAGCCUGAAUGAGACUAUUAAGUACAAAAAUGACGUCACAAAGCUACAAGAAAUAGCUGCAUUAAGUCUACAAGCUAGUGAUUCAGUCAUUAAAGCUGCAAAUGCAUUUACUAAAGCAUCGAAAGAAGCUUUAAGUGCAAUCAAUGAAGAAAAUGCACUAAAAGAAGUUCAAGCUUCAGCUGAAGCUACCUACAAGUUACUCCAAAACAAGACCGAUGCUGAAGAAGUCUUUAAAAGAAUCAUAAACUUAGCGAUGACAGCAAAAACUGCAACAGAACAAACAUAUCAAGCAGCAAUUAAUACACUUGAUAGCUUAGUAAUCGCUUUGAAUAACAAAAAGUCUAUCGAAAGUUCAUAUUACGAUGAAGAUCUUAGUCAUCUUCAAAAUCUAUUAGAUCUAGCAAACGAAGCAGCAGACAAGGCAGAACAAGGAGCAGAUAAAGCUGAAAGUUCAAAUAAAGAAGCAAAAGAUGCAGCAUCAAAAGCACAAGAAGCUGCAGAAGAAAUUCAAAAAAUUGCAGAAAACGAAAAAUCAGCUAAGGAACUUCAAGACAGCGAACUUGAAAGUAAAGUACAGCAGGAGAAUUCAACACAAGAUUCUCUGAUUAAUCAGCAUGAACACGACAAGGAAUCAGAGCAGAAGAUUGAUUAUGAAGCAACCACAACAAAUAGCACUCAAACUAUAAAUGAAGAUGUUGAUCCUGAACAAGAGUUACCCAAAGAUGUUACCAGUGAACCAACAGACAUUGAAUCUACAUCUAAAGACCCUGAACAUGAUAAAAAUGAUGAAAACUCAGAAACAGAUGACAACAAUGAAAACAAUGCCUUAGAGCAUAAAGAUGAUACAGCAGAUGACAAUCACGAUGAAGUCACACAGACAUCAAUAACACAAUCUGAUGCGUCAACAAAGUCAAUUCAAGAAGAAGAUAGCGAUGCAUCAACAAGUGUGAAGAACGAACAUCAAGAAGAGAGCAGCUCAGUUAGCAGUAACAAUGAUCAAACCUCAGAAAAAAGUGGAGCUAUUGACGGUCUAGAGAAGAACACGGAUGACAUCCUUCAAACUGAAAAAAAGAAUCAAGAACCAAUUUCUCAGAUGGUAACAUCAAUGCAUGAAGCAUUAAACUGAAAAAAUAAUGUUGAUAUGAUAAU